CAUUGCUCUAUAUUUAUUAUUAAUUCGUUAAAUGUGCAAAAAGUCCUGUUUUUAUUAAUCAUAGUAAUUCAAUCUUAAUUAUUCUUCUUUCUAUCAUAAAAUGAUGGAACAUAAUUUUCCUUUAUUGAAAAAUGAUAGAAUUCUUCGGGCAGCUAAAGGUGAGGAAGUUGAUAAAAUUCCAGUUUGGAUAAUGAGACAGGCUGGUAGAUAUUUACCAGAAUUUAGAGAAUUAAGAUCAAAACAUGAUUUUUUCACAAUUUGCCAAACACCAAAGCUUGCCUGUGAAAUUACACUUCAGCCAAUAAAAAGAUUUGAUUUAGACGCUAGUAUUAUAUUUUCUGAUAUUUUGGUUAUUCCUCAAGUAAUGGGAAUGAUUGUGGAAAUGAAACCUGGUGUUGGUCCUGUAUUGCCAAAUCCACUUUUAGAUCCAACACAUUUGUCAAGAUUAAUUUUACCAAAUGUUGAAACUGAUCUAAAAUAUGUUGGAGAUGCAAUAACACUAACUCGUCAUAAACUUGAAGGAAAAGUUCCUUUAAUUGGAUUCUCUGGAGCUCCAUGGACAUUAAUGUGUUAUAUGAUAGAAGGAGGUGGAAGUUCCAUGAUGUCGAAAGCUCGUCCUUGGCUUUACAAAUAUAGAGAAGAUUCUCACAAGUUAUUGCAAAUGAUCACAAACGUUAUUAUUGAUUAUCUUGUGUUACAAGUUAAAGCAGGAGCACAAUUGCUUCAAGUAUUCGAAAGCAAUGGAAAUUUUCUCAAUCUAGAACUCUUCAAAGAAUAUUCCUUUAAAUAUUUAAAACAAAUCAGCGAGAAAGUUAAAGAAAAAUUGGAUGCUGAAAAUAUUCCAAAAGUUCCAAUGAUUGUAUUUCCAAAAGGAGCCACUUUAGAUUCAUUGGAAUUAUUGGCGAAGGAUCAAUGUUAUGAUGUAAUAGGUCUUGACUGGACUGUAAAUAUUCAGGAAGCCAGAGAACGAUUAGGAAAUAAUGUUACUUUACAAGGAAAUAUGGAUCCUUGUGCGAUGUUUGACACUAAGGAAAAUGUUUUAAAUCGUGCAACCGAAAUAGGCAAAAAUUUUGGUAAACAUCGCUACAUUGCCAAUUUAGGUCAUGGUAUUUUGCCAGAGACUCCAAUAACGUCUGUAGAAUCAUUCAUUGCAGGUGUUCAUAGUAUUUAAUUAUAAAAAAAAAACCUUGUUACUAUUUUUUUUUUUGACAUUUUAGUACUUCAUUGUAAUUUUAAUAUAUUUUAUAAAAAAUUUUCAAUUUUAA